AUGACCUCUGCCACACGCCUGCUAUGCCGCUUGGCCGGGCUCUUGUUGCUGUUGUUGCCCUGCCACGCCCACUAUAUACAUAUCGAUCACGAAGAGUUUCGCGCCAGUGGGUUUCCCCAUCCACCGCUGCCACCAGCGCCGUUAACGCCGCUGGAACUGGAGCAUCUGCCACAGGUGCUGGCCAGGCAGCUGACACCAGCCGAGGUCAUGGUCGAUCUGACCAACGAUCUAACCCAUCGGCUGCUCCACUACCAUUCCAUACUCAAUCGAAAUAACUUUGCGUUCUCGCCCACCGCCCUGGUCAGCGUGCUGGUGGCGCUUUAUGAGGGUUCCUCAGCCAGGAGCGCCUCAGAGCUGCGCAAUGUGCUGCAGUUGCCCAACAAUCGUGACGUCAUACGUGUUGGUUACCGCGACAUACACCGACGGCUGCGGACAUAUUUCUUCGGUUCCGAUAAUCCUCUCAAGGGCCUCAGCUUGAGCAGGAGCAAUGUAACUGUACUCAAGGACUUUGAGACUGUGCUUAUGUUUUAUGGCUACGAUCUGAGUGUUGAUAUGGCUUCCUCCACGCCAGCAAAUGUCACAGAAAAUGCAGAUAUGGCCAAUAGCACAAUGGCCAGCAAUGCAACGGCUGAGGACAUGCAGGCUGAGACCAGUACGCCCAGUGACACCGACACAACAACAACAGAGCUACCCAGCACAACAACAAGCACUGAAGUAACCACCAUCAUACCAACAACAACGCCAACAACCACAACCACAACGGAGGAGGCAACAACUACAACAGAAGCGGAAACCAGCACGACUGAAGCAGCUGAAUCUGCCACCUCUGCCGAAGCUGCUGAGCCUACAGCUGAAGUUGCUGGCGAGGAUGAGGCAGCAGAACUGGUGUCCGCAUUUGUAGCUGAAGAGGACGCCGAACCGUUUCUCCGCAUACAAAAGGCCCGUGUCUCACGUUUGCCCACAAGCAAGUUGCAGGCGCCGCUCAAGCACUCCAAUCCCAUUACGCCCAAGCCCAGCUAUCUGCCCAGCGCACGCAUUGCCGUUAUGCCCAUGAUGGCGCGCCAAAUGACAGCGCCCAUGCAAAGAAAGACAACGACAACGUUCGGCGUACGUCAAGUAAUGUCCACAACUGCAGCAACGCCGGUGGCAAGAAAUGCUCGCAAAUCGAAUGGGUCCCGCCAUAAGCGGCACGUUUUGGGCUACAAGGACCUGGACGCUAAUCUCUUUGUGGCGCUCUUUAGUCCACAUGCGCCGCAUGGACCACCGCAUCCUCUGCCCAUACCGCCGACAGCUGCCUUUGCGCACAUUACCAACGACUUUGAGCCGCAUUACAUCAGCGAAGGAGGGGCGGAGACCAAAACGAACUACAAUACGGAUGUGAUUAGCCAUGUGUUUUAUCUAGGUAGCCAGCAGGUUGUGCACACCACCUUCAAAGUGUACAAUGCGGUGCUGUAUUACAAAUACUUCGAGCAUCUGAAGAUGAGCGUGCUGGAGCUGGAGCUGGAUACACCAGAGUAUAAUUUGAUGAUACUGCUGCCUGAUUACCACAUGGACAUUGUGGCUGCCGCCGCUUCGCUGAAGUUAGGACCAACGCUGCGUCUGAUGCGUAAACAGCUAAAGCCACGCUGGGUGCAGGCUAUCAUUCCGGACUUCAAGCUGCACGGCACCAUGUUCCUGACCAACGAUCUGCAAAAUAUGGGCAUCUGUGAUAUAUUCGAGCCGAAUCGCGCCGAUUUUCGACCCAUGACUGAUGAGAAAGGCGUCUAUGUGCGACACAUUGAGCAAUCGAUUGAUGUCAACAUUCGAACGCAUCCCAUCCAUCAACUUAAACGCAACUCUGGCGCCCAAACGAAGCCUAUACAGAUCUCUGUUAAUCAUCCGUUUCUGUUUUUCAUCAUCGAUCGUGACUUAGACGUGGCGGUAAUGUCGGGCCGCAUACUCAACCCGCUCAAUGUGCGCAUACAAUGAGCCGCAGGCACUGGUG